GCCAUAGCUCUCAGAUUAAAAAUCAACCGCACACUUGUGCAACAGGAAAGUAUACACCAUUUCGAGCAAAAUCUCUGCAUCAAAAUCAACAGCAGCAAUGAAGACAAUACUGGCAACUCUGACUCUCUGCCUGGUGGUGCUCAACGGCACAGGUUUCCCUUUGGAGAAGAAAGGGGGCUCAUCCUCCGGCAGUGCCGCCAAGGAGAAGCGCGUACAGUACGCAGCGUGGGAUGACGUGAACGUCAUCGCUCACGGCCUGCUGCAGCUGGGCCAGGGGCUGAAGGAGCAUGUGGACAAGACCAAAGUCCAGAUGAGGGACAUUUCCACCAAGAUGAAGGUCUUCAACCGCUCAGUGACCGAGCUGGGGAAGGAGAGCCAGAAGCUGCGAGUGGAGGGGGAGGCCCUGAAGGCUCGAGCCCAUGGACUGGAGGACAGAGAGGGACAGCUGCUCAACGUCACCGCCGAGCUGAGGGAGAAGGCGGAGGAGAUGCAACACGAGAGGAGGGCGAUGAGCGAGAGGAUGAGCCGGCUGGAGGAGAGGGUGGACGGCAUGCUGCAGGGAGAAGCUUCGCUGCCCGACACAAGCGCUGGUGCCAAGAACAACAGUGAUGCUCGCAACAUCCAGCUGAUGCUGGAGGGUCAGAACAAACGCAUUGACGAUCUGAUGGAGCGAAUCAGACUCCAACAGGAGAAGCUCGACAAGCAGAAUGUGCGCAUCAGGACCCUGCAGAGUCAGGUGCAACAGUCACGACAGAGACCAUCCUUGCGGAACAGCAACACUGACGUGCAAAGUGUCGUCGCCGAGCAACGCGACUCACCAGUCGAGAUGGCAUCAGACUGUCAUGAGCUGUUCCUGAGAGGAGAGAGCACAAGCGGGGAAUACACCAUCCAGCCAAUAAAUGCAGAGCCCUUUCAAGUGUUCUGUGAGAUGACAGCUGAUGGCGGAUGGACAUUGAUCCAAAGGCGCCAAGAUGGCUCAGUUGACUUUGAUCAGCAAUGGCAUGCCUACGAAAAAGGCUUUGGCAGCUUGAAUGGAGAGUUCUGGUUGGGGUUAGAAAAGAUCCACUCCAUUGCCAAAGAUGGCGGCUACAUCCUCAACAUCAUGCUGGCUGACUGGAGCGGUGACUCAGCAUCCGUCCGCCUCCCCUUCCAGCUGGGCGGACAGGAAACCAAGUACUCGCUGAAGAUUGAGAAGCAAGACGCUUUCAGCCCUUUGGAGAGCUCCCUGGUGACCGACUCCACCACCGGCCUGCCCUUUUCCACCCACGACCAAGACAAUGACCAGAAACACGACACCAACUGCGCCAAGCACCUCUCUGGUGGCUGGUGGUUCAGUAACUGCGGUCGCUCCAACCUGAACGGUAGAUACUUCCAGAGCCCUCCUCCAAAGCAGCGGGACCAGAGGAAGCAGAGCAUCUUCUGGAAGACCUGGAGGGGCCGCUACUAUCCUCUGAAGUCCAGCAGGAUGAUGAUCGCCCCCGCUGUGAUCGUGAACAAGGCAUAAAGAAUAGAAAAGAGACAAAAAGAAAAAGUCGAGACAAAGACGAGGGGGAGAAAGACGUACAUUUUUGGACCGUUCUUUCUUUUCUUGGUGCUUGGUUGAUGAGUUAGAGGUUUCCAUUUUCCCUGGCUGUCUCCCUGCGAGGAAGAGCUCACACUAGAGCCAAGGCCCUCAAAAUAGAAGCAAAAAUAACUCACAUUAAUGAGUUUCAGGUUUCCACUGCUCUGUUCUCCGAGAGACGAGCAGAUUCCUCCCCUGCACCUAGAGCCACAGAUGGAAAAAGGGACAAAAAAAAAAAGAAAAAAAAAAAAGAACUUGCAGUGGAAAGUUUUCCGUAUGUCGUACUAUUGCAGUUGAUCCCAUCUGUUGGCACGAAGCAGGGGCCCCUAGUCAGGAGAGAAUCACAGGGCGAGUCCCGGCCCAUCCGCUGUGCUCCAAGCCACAAAAGAUUUCCAACAAGUAGAGACGCAUCACCAGACAUGUGGUGUCAACUGUAUGUGGGCUGCUGUUGAGCUUGAAUGUGGUUUUGUAGCAAGUAAACUGCACUGUCAGCUCAAAACAGAUUCAGAAUUGCUUGUAAAGGGUGCAUGUAGGAGUGAAAUGCAGGUGGAUUAAAAACCCAAUGGAGCGGACCAAGUAAAUGACUUAUUUUUUCAUUUUCCACUUAGAAUGAUGAGAUUCAUUUUCAAAAGCAUUAUGUAAAGUUAUAAAUCACUGUAAACUGUGUUCAGACUGAUGUUGUUGGGGCAAUGAAAACCAUUCCAGCCUUUUGUACAAUGUAUUUUCUGUCUGCAAUUUUGAAUGAAAUUGAGCAUAUUCUUCGCUGACUUAAAUUUUCUCUGGAGAUUUUGGUGAUGUUGAGUCAUAUUGACUUAUUUCAAUACGAGAGGCAUGGUUUGUACAUAGUGUAUGAAGGAAUGUCGUCAGAAAUGUAAUGUUACUGAUUCGUUGUGACAUUGUCUGUUGUCUCUGUGACUUGAAGGUUUUGCUAUUGUAGAUGUUCCCUUUCCUUAUUUAAAUGCUAAAGAAUCAAUAUAUAUAUAUAUAUAUAUAUAUAUAUUUCUGGUGCUACCUGUUUGUAAUUUAUAUUUUCCUUGUCGUGUUUGCCAGAUGUAAAAUUGUUUUUUAAGAGACUUUAACCGUCGUUGGGGCCAUAGUGAGCCAAUAAAAUUGAUUUAAACUAU